UCUAAUACGAUCGUACAAAAAUCUCACAACGUCCUUUGUUGGUGGCACUGAGGGCACUUGCUCUUGUAGCGUUCGACAAGCAUGUCCUGAUGCGAAAGCAUGGACGAGCCUGUGCCUCUGGCCUACCUUUUCGUCUUCUGCUUGAAAGAUCGGCAGCAUGCCGUCGCAUUCGCACAACUCUGGUUCCAUACGAGGCACAUCCGGCUGGGGGGCACAGACAAGAUCCUCCCAGUCGAAUAGCAGCAGAGGCAACGUAGGCGAUGCCUUGAUUCAGGAAGGGAGUAAACUUUUUGAUCACUGGGCGCCAUUGUGGGGCGACCGAAGCAGGGAAUCACGAGAUGCCGAGGACGAGCAGCCUCUACUGCCAAUAUUUACUGGAGAGCAGGGCGGCCAACAGCCAUCAACAGCUUUUCCAGAAAUGAUUACGGAUCUUGCUUUGACGAAGAAGGCACCGCUAUUGGCUGGCGCUCUAAGACAAUGCCAUCGUCUGCGAAGCCAUCCUGCAGCUGCGCUGCUGGCUUUUCUGUCAUCACCCGUCACCCUCUUGCGACACUGCUCCGGCUACGUCUCUUCGAAGCGGGUAUGGGGACGACCCUCUUCCCUUCAAACGCCCUGCCUCUUAGGUAGCGCACUAUUACUGUUCCUUCUUCUAGUUUGGGCGUGGCUGUGGACCAUCUUUCGCCCGCCAGAGUAUGUGAUGCUUCCGAGCUCAACUUACUUCAGGACGCUCGAAGCGUUUGCAAAGACUCAACUGUUCGCAGACAAGGACCUCACGGGCCGAGAUCGAUGGAAAGCAGACUUGCUCACGCAGCUGCAAGAUGGAGAGCAACGCAGGCAGUCAUUGCUGGCGAUAUUGACCACACCAGGACAAGGCAAUUCGUCGACAUUGGCAUCAGAUGCGAAAUCACUGGUACCCGCGACCAUCUUCUCUUCGGACCGCGUGCCUGCUCCAGCCGGCUGGUCAGAGCAAUGGACAUCUCUCGGAUUCCAUCCCGUUCAAUUCUUGAAUGACAGUGCUGCAAACACUUGGAUGUCCGAUCAAUUCGCUGCCCCAACAGGCUCGACCGGCCUCAGCAAAACGCUGCAAGCUUGGCAUGCACUGCCUCGCGGUGUAAUGCGCGCAGACUUUCUGCGGUAUCUUCUCCUACUGGUGGAAGGAGGUACGUGGUCCGAUAUGGAUGCCGAGCCUCUGGCCGCAAAGGAGACAUGGGCGGAAGGAGCGCUGAUUUCGAAGAGCACAAGUUGGGCCACCAAAGAUCAAAACAUCAGGCUCGUUGUCGGUGUCGAGUGCGAUCCAGUGUCUUACAAACGCGUCUCGUUUCGCGGCUUACCAGAAUUUAUUCGCAUCUUACCAAUGAAUCGUCACCGCGAGGUGCAGUUUGUUCAGUGGACACUUCACUCGGCCGCAGGCCACCCUGUUAUGGCCGACGUCCUGCGCAGGAUGCUAGACUCACACGACAUUUUUACGGCGUACAAGCUCGACUUGCUCCGCGAUGCAUACGCUGAUACAAUGCGACGCACUCCAUCCCAUCCGUCUGAGGCGACUGCAGAAACGCAAGGCGUCACAGCCGACCCAAAAGCUGUCGGUUCUAUAACUGAUGCCGCACAGAAGCUCGUGUUGAACCAACGAGCACGGCAUCCAUGGACGAGCGCACGCAUGGUCUGGCGGUGGAUGCGCGGGGCCUGGCGGCUAACUUGGCACCCUCUCUCUGUCGAAGAAUGGACAGGCCCCGCCGUCUUCACGGAUUCCGUCAUUUCCUACCUCAACGCCAUUGCCGGAACUCGUGUCGAUGAUCUAUUGGAUCUGAAACAACCCAUACAGAUUGGCGAUGUCAUCGUCCUCCCCUACGAUUACUUCAACCCUGGUGCUACCAAGAAGCCAAGGGCUAAAGUUAUUCAUCACUACCGCGGCUCCUGGAAGCAUGGCGCCGACGUGCCCACUUAACAUAAGCAUAUUUUCUCUGUUCUUUUAUCACUGGAGGGUUUGUCGCGUUUCUUCCAGCAUAACAUGUAAAGGCUUUUCCAUUAUCCGAGGCAACGCUAUGUCAAAAUCGCUGCUUAGUCAAUUUUGCACAUUCACAUUGCUAGUGAUAUGUACAUUCUUUUUGCAGCAAGUAGUCCCAUCU